UCUUACCAAAUUUGGCAUUAAACGAUUCCUCUCAUCGAGCUAAAGAGAUUGAUUCAAAAUUGAUAAGGGACAGAAAUUUUCCAGCAAGUUAUGGUUGCUUUUGGGAUGUACCCUUUAUAAUUUUCUCAAAAAGAGAGAAAAGAUUAAUGUCUUCAAAUUAUCAACAAAAAACUGCAAUUGUUAUUCCGUUGAGAAACAGCACAGAAGAUGAAAUUAUUGAAAUUGAUUUUAAUGAAUUACCUGAAGGCGAUGAAGUUUUACAAAUUUUAAAAAGUGAAAAGGCAGCGUUGCAUUUUUGGCUUGAUAUUGCUGAUUUUGUAAAAAUUUUGGAAUUAAGUGGAGGAGAAGCUGGUUUAGAGUAUCCAGAUUAUGAAAGAGAUCAAAUGAGGGCUCUCGAUAUGUUGGCAGCCCAUUAUGUUUUGAUGGGAAAUAAGGAAAGAAACAAAGAAAAACGCAAAGAAUGGUUUACACGUGCCACACUUCUUUACACAACAGCCGAUAAAAUAAUUAUGUAUGAUCAGAAUCAUUUACUCGGUCGAGCAUAUUUUUGCCUUCUUGAAGGAAAUAAGGUUGAACAAGCUGAUGCUCAAUUUUCUUUUGUUAUGAAUCAAGCACAAAUGGCCAAUGAUGGAAGAGUAAUUCCAGCAAUGAUGGGAAAAGCUUGUAUUGCCUUUAAUAAAAAAGAAUAUAAAACAGCACUUCAAUAUUAUAAACGUUGUUUACGAUUAAAUCCAAAUGCCCCAGCAGAUGUCCGUGUUGGUAUGGGUUAUUGUUUUGCAAGACUUGGAAGGAUGGAUAAAGCAAGGCUGGCUUUUGAACGAGCAUUACAAUUAGAUUCAAAAAAUGUUCCUUCAAUUGUUGCUUUGGCUGUUCUCGAUUUAAAUAUUGGCACUCCAGAAGGUAUUCGAAGUGGAAUUCAAGCUCUAGGUCUGGCAUAUCAUCAUGAACCAGAAAAUCCUAUGGUUUUGAAUCAUUUGGCAAAUCACUUUUUUUACAAACAGGAUGUUGACAAGACAUUUAAUUUGGCUCAAGUUGCCCACCAAUUGGCUGAUAAUGAUUUGAUGAGGGCUGAAAGCAUGUAUCACAUGGCCCGUUGUUAUCACAAAAAAUUGGAUUAUCAACACGCUUUUCAAUUUUACUAUCAGGCCACAACUUUAUGUCAUCUUAAAUUUGUACUCCCUUAUUAUGGUCUUGGUUUAAUUUAUAUACAUCGAGAAGACUACGAAAAUGCAAUUUCUGCAUUUGAGAAAAUUCUAAAAACAGUACCUAAUGACUUGGAUACACUUGCUGUUCUUGGUUCUCUUUAUGUUAAUGUCCAACAUAAAGAUCCAAAGAUAUGUGCUGAACGACGAGAAAAGGCUAGAGAAUAUCUCAAAAAAGUAGUUGAAAGUCAAACAGAUAAACCACCAAUUGAAGCUUUAAUUGAACUUGCACAAUUAUUAGAACAAUUAAAUCCACAAGAAUCAUUACAGCUUUAUUUACGUGUUGCUACUCUUUUAAAAGAAGAAAUUGGUGUUGAUAUUCCUGCAGAAAUUCUUAAUAAUAUUGGUUCUUUACAUUUUAUGUUGAAUGAAUUGGAUGAAUCUAAAAAAUAUUUUCAAGAAGCUAGAGAUCAUAUAGUAUCUGAAGGAAUGGAAAAUCUUAAUGAUGAGGCAGCGGCACUUUUAAUUACAAUCAGUUAUAAUCUUGGAAGAGUAAAUGAACAACUUGGUCUGCUUGAUGAAGCUGAGAAGUUGUAUAGAGAUAUAAUUAGACAAAGGCCAAAUUAUAUGGAUUGUAUUCUUCGAUUGGGAUGCUUAAUUCGUGAUAAAGGUGAUUUACAUAAUGCUUCAAUGCUUUUUAAGGAAUCGAUGUCUGUUAAUCCAACACAUCCAGAUCCAUGGACUUUAAUAGGAAAUAUGCAUAUGGCUAAAGAAGAGUGGGGGCCUGGACAGAAAAAAUUUGAACAUAUUCUUAAAUUGACAAAUAAUACGGACGUUUAUAGUUUUGUUGCUCUGGGAAAUAUUUGGUUAGAAAUGCUUUUCUCAUCAAAAACUCGCGAAAAGGAUGCAUUAUAUCGUGAUCGUGCUCUCAGUUACUACACAAGAGUCAUAAAACUUCGUCCUCACAAUAUUUGGGCUGCUAAUGGUGUUGGAUGUGUACUUGCACAUAAAGGCGCUUUCCUUGAUGCUCGUGAUAUUUUCUCACAAGUUCGCGAAGCUACUGCUGAUUUUCCUGAUGUUUGGAUUAACAUAGCUCAUAUUUAUAUGGAACAAAAACAAUAUGUCAGUGCUCUACAAAUGUACAAGAAUUGUAUGACAAAGUUUGAUAGAAAUAACGAUAUUCAAUUAAUGGGAUAUAUUGCAAGAGCUUAUUGGAAAGCUGGAAAAAUUAUAGAAUGUAGAGAUUAUAUUGAAAAGAUUUUACAAGAAGAACCAGAUAAACUUGUUCAUCAAUUUAAUCAUGCAGUUGUUUUACAAAGAAUGGCAACACAAGUAUUAAAAGAUGUUAAAUCUAAUUUGGAAGCAGUUACAAAUGCUGUAGAAGAUUUAAAAGUUGCAGAAAGAACAUUUAAAUCAAUUGCGAGUACACAACCUGAAAUUGUGGCAAAAGCAAAAUAUAUUAGUAGAACAAUUUGUGCAAAUGAAGCACAAUCAUGUACAGAUUUAACUAAACAAGCAAAAGUUUAUUUAGAAAGAGCUCAACAAAAAGAUGAAGAAGAACGCCGUCAAAAAGCUAUUCAAGAAGAGCAAAGACAAAGAAUACUUAAACAGCAACAAGAAGAAGAGAGUCGUAAACGAGAAGAAAAUAUUCAAAAAUUAGAAAAGUUAAAACAGUUGCGAGAAGAAUAUAAAGAUAAAACUAAAGAAAUGUUGAAGCUUAAACAACUCCGUGAAGAAAAACGUCCGGCGCGCGUGUCCACACAUAAGAAGAGAAAAGAAGGUGGUGAAGCUGAAGAUUUUGUUAAUGACAGUUCUGAUUUGGGUGAAUAUGACGAAGAACUUCAUGCUACAUCUUCUCGAAGAAAAUUGAAACGUCGACAUCGUGAACGUGGUGGCGAAGAAAGUGAAGAAGAGGAAGAUGAUACUAAUGUGGGGAGAAAGACAAAAGUUUCUGAGAGGAGACGUGCAGAAAGAGAAGAUGAAAUGGUGCCAGCACGUCAACGUGGAAAAAUCAAGAGUAAAGCGUUCCUUUCUUCAUCAUCUUCAUCCUCUUCUCCAUCACCCACGCGUAGAACUGAAGGACAGAGUUCAAGUGGUGAUGAGGAGGAGGCUGUUCAACAGCAAGAAACAGAAAAUGCAAGUUUUGUUGAGGAAAAUAAAAAUGAAUCGGACAAAGAGGAGGGGGAGAAAGAAGAGGAAGAAAAAGAAGAAAGUGACGAAGGAAAUGAAGAGGCUCAACUACAGGAGUCAGAGCAUUCUGCUUCUGAAAAGGAAAAUGAAGUGGAAUCUGAUAAAGAAGAGGAGGAGGUAAAUAAUGAAGAAGAAAGUGAGGGAGGAGAGCCUGAACUUAACGAGGGGGAAGAACCUGAACAACGUUCACCUUCUGCUGAAAAAGAUGAAAAUGAAUCUGAAAGAGAAGAGGAAGAACAAGAGGAUAAUGAAGAAGAGGUUGAGUGA